UUUCGGGCAGUACACUCUGACUGACCUAAUAUGGAAAGACAGCAUUCGUGUAGUAGUAAUUAUAGAAUUACAAAAUAAUAUUUUCUACCACAUGUCCAGCAAUGCGAAAAUCAUCUAUCUUUUCUUCCUUUUUAAGCUGGUAAUAAAUACACCAGUUUAGUACUUAGUGGUGCAGAGAGAGAGAUCGUGUGUUGUGGACCCGUCAUUUCCGGCAGGGCGGACGUUGGGCACACAGUGCGACUUUCAUCAACAGACUUGCUACAGACCGUUCAUCUUUCUGCCGUUGUACAGUUAUGGCGGUCGAAGGCAUGCAGUUAUGGCAUUUCCUGGUUGGCUGUGCUGUCCUCGCUGCCCUUAUUCCAGAGUUUGCGAGCAAACAGCAGACAGAGCGUGACAAGUACCGUUCCAUCCGGAGAAACGAUAAGGAAUCUAUUAUUGAUGACGCUCUUGAAGAGGCCAAAGAUGUCUUAGGUGACACACCCACUGUAUACCAGUACUCUUAUUUUGACCGUUUGAAACACGCUACUUCAACCAAGUCACCUUUUCACUGGAGCCACAGUAACGAAAGAACACGACAUGGCCAUGGUAAGAGAGUAACUGUGAGUGGAACAUUUAGAAGAACACAUACUAGUGGUUCAGGAAAUGUUGACCAAUUGCUUCCAGAUGCGAUUUCCAAAGGACUUACAGAUGGACAAAAUUCUGGUGAGACCCAGGUUAAUAGGAAUGUUUUUCACAACAGAGACACGUCAAGUGAACAAGAUUUCACAGAAAAUUCUAGAAAGAGUUACACUCACAGAAACUCUGGAAAAUACAGAUCUAGAAAAGAAGAAAAAACGUCUUCUUUCGUUUAUCACAGAAGUGGUUCUUCUUUCGGAACUUCGCGCAAUAAUACAGACUAUGAAAGGUCCAAUGGAAGCUCAAGGGUUUCUCGAAUUUACUACAAUAGGCACUCUUUUGGAGGUAGAAUUACGGGAUUGGAUAACAGUUCUGGAGUCUUCAGCCACUCAACUCAUUCUUCAACCAGACCAUCAAGAUUUACAAACACUUCAUUUGUGUCAAGAAGUUCUGAUUUUCACAGACAUGAUGAGCGAGGAAGAGAUGAAUCUGAUGAAAACCUUCACCCGUUUGUCUAUUCUCAAGGUACAUUAUCUCCACAUGCAUGUGAUGAGUCAAGUUGCUACCCAGCCACAGGGAACCUGCUGAUUGGGAGGGCAGACCGACUAAAGGCUUCAUCGACCUGUGGCUUGGACCAUGAAGAACGUUAUUGUAUAGUUAGUCAUCUUAAAGAGAAAAAGAAAUGCUUUUACUGUGAUAGUCGGCUUGAACGUCAAAACAAUCCUCGUUUAUAUCAUGGAAUAGAGAAUGUUGUUUCUAGAAUAGGGAAAGAAUGGACAGGAUGGUGGCAAGCUGAAAAUGGAGUACAGAAUGUUACAAUUCAGCUCGAUCUGGAGGCAGAAUUUCACUUUACCCAUAUUAUCAUGACUUUUAAGACAUUUCGACCAGCUGCAAUGCUUAUCGAGAAGUCACAUGACUUUGGUCGAACAUGGAAUGUGUACCAGUAUUUUGCCUACAAUUGUCACGAAGCGUUCCCAGGUGUUCCAACACAGCUAAGAUGGAGGAUUACUGAUGUUAUAUGUGAUUCAUAUUAUUCUCGUGUAGAGCCCUCUUCAGGAGGAGAGGUAAUUUUCAGAGUUCUUCCUCCUCAUAUCCAUGUUGAUGACCCUUACAGUCCUGCAGUUCAGAACUUGUUGAAGAUGACCAAUCUGCGAAUUAAUUUCACACAACUUCACACCCUUGGAGACAAUCUUCUUGACUCUCGAGAAGAGAACAAAGAGAAAUACUACUAUGCUAUUUACAAUAUGGUUGUCAGGGGGAGCUGUUCAUGCUAUGGUCAUGCUAGUCGUUGCAUAUCAGAAGAUGAACGGAUAUCAAGGCCUGACAUGGUCUAUGGUCAGUGUGAAUGUACUCAUAACACAAAGGGACGAAACUGUGAACAGUGUGAGGACUUCUAUAAUGACUUACCUUGGAGACCUGCUGUUGGUGUAGAGACCAAUGCCUGUAAAAAAUGCAAAUGCAAUAACCAUGCCACUAGAUGUCACUUUGAUCCAGCUGUGUGGGAAGUAACUGGCAGAGUGAGUGGUGGGGUGUGUGAUGACUGUGAACACAAUACCAUGGGAAGAAACUGUGAACAAUGCAAGCCUUUCUUCUACCAAGACCCGAACCUAGACAUCAGGAGCCCUAACAUUUGUCAGUCUUGUGAUUGUGAUCCUCGUGGUUCCCUAGAUGAAGGUAUUUGUGACUCUCAUACUGAUCCUGCCGUGGGAUUAAAAGCAGGAUCAUGUCACUGUAAGCGAAAUGUAGGUGGUGUUCGAUGCGAUCAGUGUAAAAAUGGCUACUGGAAUUUUAUCUCUGACAAUCCAGAUGGGUGUGAACCAUGCACUUGUAACACCUUUGGUACAAUUGGCAAUCAUGGCUGUAAUGUUUUUACUGGAGAGUGUACUUGCAAGAGAAAUGUGGUAGGAAGAGACUGCAACCAGUGUUUACCACAGCAUUGGGGGUUGAGUUCUAUUGAAGAUGGAUGUAAACCAUGUGACUGUGAUCUCGGAGGCUCUUAUGAUAAUAACUGUGAUGUUGUGACAGGCCAUUGUCACUGUAGACCUCACUUAGAUGGGCGUAGAUGUGAUCAACCCAAAUCUGGAUAUUUUGUUGGUAACCUGGAUUACAUGACUUAUGAAGCGGAGCUUGCUAAAGGUUGUUCACACUGCCAAGUUGUGGUUCAUGGACGAACUGGUGACAGAGAAACCACAUGGACUGGAUUAGGAUUUAUGAGAGUUUAUGAAGGAUCAGAGCUGGUGUUUGAUAUUACAGAUGUUCCCGAAUCUUUGGAAUAUGACAUUGUCAUCAGAUAUGAACCACAGCUACCUGGUAAAUGGGAAGAAGCCAAAGUUUUGAUCAAAAGGCCUGGAACAGUGGACUCUACAGGUCCUUGUGCCAAUACCAUUCCUCAGGAUGACAUAAAAACUGUGACAUUAUUAUCCGGAGACAGAUUUGUUGUUCUGCAUCCAACUACGUGCCUUGAGAAAGGACUGAAUUAUAAAGUGCACAUUGAAUUUAAACACUACAAGAAGGAGACUGACAAUCCUACAGCCACUGUCUUAGUAGAUUCUAUUGCACUUAUUCCUCGCAUUGGCAAUAUCCCAUUCUUUAAAGGUUCUCAGGCAGGUGAAUACCGCCAUCAAGAGUUUGAACGCUUCCGUUGUAGGGAGGCAUUUUUUACAGUGGUUCGACCUGCUUCAACAGAUAUUUGUAAAAAAUAUUUGUUUAGCAUUAGCUCCUAUGUAUUUGGUGGAGGAAGAGAAUGUUCUUGUGACCCAAGUGGAUCACUUAGUAACACAUGUGAACAAGUAGGAGGUCAAUGUAAGUGCAAGAAACAUGUUGUAGGUCAAAGAUGUGACCGCUGUGCCCCAGGAACCUUUGGAUUUGGACCCGCUGGAUGCAGGGCUUGUGAUUGCCACAAUAUUGGUUCCUUGGAUAAUCUCUGUGACACUGAAACUGGCCAGUGCAAGUGCCAGCCAAAUACUUAUGGACAAAAAUGUGAUGAAUGUCAGCCUGGCUAUUGGAACUACCCAAACUGCCAACGGUGUGACUGUAAUGGCCAUGCUGACACCUGUGAUCCAAGAACAGGCUUUUGUAUUGAUUGUCGAGAUUUUACAGCAGGUCCAAAGUGUGACAAGUGUGAAACUGGUUUCUAUGGUGAUCCAAGAAUUGGAAUAGAAAUGUCUUGCAAACCAUGCCCUUGUUUUGGAAAACCAGGCAGUAGAGUAAGCCAUGCCCAGGGGUGCCACCUUGAUCCUAGAACCCAGAAUGUUGUUUGUGAUUGCAGUCUUGGAUAUGCAGGGAAAAGAUGUGAUCGAUGUGCCAAUAAUUAUUUUGGAAAUCCAAAUGCUCCUGGUGGUGAAUGCCGUAAGUGUGAAUGUAACAACAACAUUGAUGAGACCUUGUCUGGAAACUGUGAUGCCAUGACAGGAAAAUGCCAACACUGUCAGUUUAACACAGAAGGAUUUCACUGUGAGCACUGUAAGCCUGGGUUUUAUGGCAUAGCUACAAGACAACAGUGUAUUGAAUGUAUUUGUAACAGACUGGGUACAAAUCUUGCUGCUGGAACUUGUGAUAAAAUUACAGGCCAGUGCCAUUGUCUUCCAAACGUAGUCGGUCAGUCAUGUGAUGAGUGUGCACCCAAUCACUGGAAUUUGGCAAGUGGUCAUGGAUGUAAAGAAUGCAACUGUGAUCCUCUGGGGUCCUAUGAUUCACAAUGCAAUGAGUUUGAUGGCCAGUGUCACUGUAGAGCUGGUCGUGGAGGAAGGAGAUGUAACGAGUGUGAAUCCAACCACUGGGGAGACCCAUCCAUCCAGUGUUAUCGAUGUGAAUGUAACACAAAAGGAUCUGCUACCCUUCAGUGUCAUAGGAACAAUGGUACCUGCAUCUGCUUGGAUGGUAUAGCUGGAGAUAGGUGUGACCACUGUGGUCGAGGACACACAGGAAGGAUGCCUUACUGCAGUCCUUGCGGGGAAUGUUUUGAGAAUUGGAAUCUAAUUGUGCAGGAGUUAAAAGAUGAAACUAUGAGAUUGCUGGCCCAGGCUAAAGACAUUCAAGGCACUGGAACAACGGGCGCAUACGGAGGCAAAUUUGCUGAGAUAGAGAAAGAAUUAGAGGAAGUCAGAGACAUUUUAGGUAGUGCCAACAUCACAGGAACAGACAUUGAUGAACUCCAAGAGCUAGCUGAUAGAUUGAGAAAAACCUUGACUGAAAGAAAAGCUGAACUACAUGACAUAGAAGUCCACAUAGGCAAUACAAUGGAUAGAAUCUUUGAUGCUAACCUAGCUUUAACAGACCUACGACAUAGAGCUGAAGAUCUCACAAAAGAUGCACAGAAUCUCAAAAAUAAUGCAACUGCUCUCCAAGAAGCUAAUGUUGAAGGUGCUUUCAACAUAACUAAAGAUGCCCAGCAAAGAUCACGAGCUGCAGAGGGACAGGUUAGGGACACCACAUCUAUUCUUUAUGAUUCUGAGCGCCAGCGUCGCCACACAGAAAAUCUGAUAGAACAGGCCCAAAGUCAUUACAACAAAAGUUAUGAAGAAAAUGAAGCAGCAAUGAAUGACAUAGGAGACCAAUUAAAAAGACUUGAAGAUGGUAUCACUGAUAUCAACAGUAUGGUGUGCGAUGGAUCUGGGACUGUGUACAAAUGUGACUCAUUGUGUGGGGGAGCUGGGUGUGACAAGUGUGGUGGGAUCAGCUGUGGUGAGGGAGCUGUCACAAAAGCUCAUAAUGCCCUUGAUUUAGCUAAAGAAGCUGAAAAGAUUCUGAACCAAAAGGAAGAUGCUUCAAAGGACCUAUUUGAGAAAGUGAAAGAUGCUAAACAGAAUGCUGACCAAGCUCUAGAAGAAGCCAAGUUAGCUUUUGCUCGAGCUCAAGCUGCCAAAAAUAUGUCUCAAAAUGCCACUGGAGAUAUUGAAGAACUUUUGAACAGAAUUGACAAUUUUCUUGAUGCUCAAGGAGCUAGAUCAGCUGAAAUACGUGUCCUAGCAGAAGAGUGUCUGGGCCUGAAGAUUUCUCUCCAACCAGAUCAGAUCACAAAGUUAGCCCAGCAAAUUAAUGACACCAUCAAGAGUCUAACAGACAUUGAUGCCAUCCUGAGUGCUACAGAAGGUGGUCUACAUCUUGCUAAAGGCCUUAAGGAAAGAGCUGACCAAGCAAAGAUCAAUGCAGAUAGCAUUUUGGGUAAUGCUCAAUUAGUACAGCAGCUGUUAGAUGAAGCUAAAGAAGCCCAAGACAGAGCUAAAGCAGCCAUUGACAUUGCAAAAGGAGACAUUGGAGCUGCUGAAGUGGAUUUUGCUCAGAUUGAGAGUGGAACUGCUGCUGCUCAAAAGAUCACUAACAAGACUGUGGAUGAUGUGGAAGCUUUGAAAGAAAAGUUAGGUGACCUGAAGAAAAAGUUUGUACAGAAUGAAAUUGAUGCACAGACAGCUACUCGAGAAACAGCAGUUGCUGACAGACUGGCCAAAGAAGCAGAAGAGAAUGCUGGAGAACUGGAGGACAAGUACAAUAAAGCCGCUAAGAAUUUAAAUGAGAAAGCUAAAAAGAGUGGUGCUGCAAAAGAACGAGCAAAAAAGCUGAAGGAAAGAGCAAAAAAGUUGGCAGAAGAAGCAAACAGCAAGUUAAAAGAACUUCAAGCAAUGGACGAUGAGUUUCAGAAGAAUGAAUAUAAGUUGACAGACUUUUCCAAGAUCUUGGAUGAGUUAAAUGAACAGAUGAUGAACCACCUGACAAAAAUUGAUGAGAGAUCUGCAUUUUAUCGUGAUUGUCAGUUGUAAAGUAUUUGCAUUUCACUACAAGAAUGCCUAAAAAUCUGAAUAAUAAAGUUAAUAUUUCUGGGGAGUUUUUACUAUCUAUGCAGUGAUGUAUGCAUACUAUAUCAGUGAUAGUAUUUGUCUUAUUUGACAUUUUUAACAUUUAGUAAACUCGUUUUCAAAUAUUUAAUAUUUCUGAGACUAAAACACAAUAAUAUGAUUUAUUAAAGUAUCACAUAGCAUGCUUUAUAUGAUAAACGUCUUUUCUAGAAAUCAAGUUUUCACAUUCGUCAGUAGUAGAAGUAUACAAAUAUCUAAGCUAAGCUUAUAAUGAAGCUGAUAAAAAUGUUGACAUACUGUGUUUAAGGUAGGCUUGACCAAUAACAAUAUAAAUUUUUCAGAAGGAACAACAUUGUUAACUUCAUAAGUUGGUGGUAAUUUAUAACAACAUUUAGCUGGUAAGAUGAACUGUCUAAAACUACAUUGUUACCUUUAUGACUUGGUGGUAAAUUAUAAUAAUGUUUAACUGGUAAGUUGAAUUGUCCAAAACUACAUUGUUACCUUUGUAACUUUGUGGUAAAUUAUUACAAACUUUAACUGGUAAACUGGAUUGUCCAAAACUACAUUGUUAACUGUAUAACUUGAUGAUAAAUUUUGAUAACAUUUAACAUAUAAAAUGAAUUGUCUAAUACUGCAUUGUUACCUUUAUAACUUGGCGGUAAGUUAUAACAUCAUUUAACUGAUAAAAUGAAUUGUCCAAACUGCAUUGUUACCUUUAUAACAUGGUGGUAAAUUAUAACAGCAUUUAACUGAUAAGAUGAAUUGUCUGAAACCACAUUGUUACCUUUAUAGCAUGGUGGUAAAUUAUAACAGCAUUUAACUGAUAAGAUGAAUCGUCCAAAACCACAUUGUUACCUUUAUAACAUGGUGGUAAAUUAUAACAGCAUUUAACUGGUAAGAUGAAUUGUCUGAAACUGCAUUGUUACCUUUAUAACUCGGUGGUAAAUUAUAACAGCAUUUAACUGGUAAGAUGAAUUGUCUGAAACUGCAUUGUUACCUUUAUAACUUGGUGGUAAAUUAUAGCAUUUAACUGAUAACCUCUGAAGCUGUAUUGUUAUCUGUAUAACUUGACAGUAAAUUUCAACAAUGUAUAACUGAUAUGGUGAAUUUAUUCAAAAUGUGUUACUUAAGUUAUUGUUAUUAACAAAAGUUAUUGUCAAAUUAAUCAUGACAACACAAAUUUUUGUGAUCUGAGUUUCUGUGAACUUCUCUUGUUGGCCUUCAUCAGCCUGAAAUGUUCUCUUAAAAGAAACGACUGAAGAUUAAGAAAAUUGAAGAUAAAGUCCAUAUGUUUAACACACUGCCCAAAUUCACUUCUCAAAAUUAUUCUUAAAAGGGGGGGGGGGGUAGCAUAAAUCUAGCAUUUUACUCACCGCCAACUCUGGGCUGUCUUUUCUCUAGUCUAUCACUUCAAAAUAAGGGAACGCUAGUCCAAAUAGCCCUCGAAUAGCUUUGAUGAUAUAAAAAACAAUAAACAAAUUUAUUCAAAAAUAUAUACUCUGCAUCUAGUGACAUAUUUUGCACUCUUACUUUUGCUUAAGAAGUAAAGUAUAGUGAAAAUAUAUUUAGUAACUGUAAUUUACGUAAAUAUACAUAUAUCACAAGGUUUUAAAUAAUUUAAUAACUUCUUCAUUAUAGUAUGAUUAUUUACGAUAAAAUAAAAAUAUUAACUUCAUCUUAACCAUGAUGACUGUUUAAAGCACUGGGGUUCAUUCUCUCUAGCUAACAUUUUACCGUUUUACUAGAGGUAAAUAAUAUAUCUUAAGGUAUUUUGGAUUACUUGCUUGUUAACAGAAUCAUAUCUUUGUAAGUGAAUAAAACUUCAUUGAAUGAGUAAAUAAAUAAUAAAAAAAUA